AUGGGAAAUGAGACCAAGGCCAAUGGUGGUGGUGCGAGUAUGGCCGGAGCUGGAGGAUUCAGAGCCAAAAUGGAGCAUUACGUCUACAGUGGUGAGAAGAAGCACGUCAUGGCUGGGAUCGGGAUCUUCGCUGUCAUCUUCGGAAUUCCUUGGUAUUUGAUGACUCAAGGGUCAAAGCAUCAAUCGCACCAAGAUUACAUGGACAAGGCCGACAAAGCGCGAAAAGCACGCCUCUCAUCGUCUCCACCAUCUAACAAGUAG